AUGAGUGGACAAAACGACGUUGAUCAAUGGCUUAAGACCGUAAAGGAUGGUGGAGUUUUACCUGAAAGAGACCUCAGAAUCCUCUGUGAAAAAGUCAAGGAAAUCUUGAUCGAGGAAAGCAACGUCCAACCAGUCAGUGCUCCAGUCACAAUUUGUGGUGACAUUCAUGGACAGUUCCAUGAUUUAUUGGAACUUUUCAACAAGGGAGGUGAGAUCCCUAAUACCCGCUAUAUCUUCAUGGGAGAUUUCGUUGAUAGAGGCUACAACUCCGUCGAAACCUUCCAACUUCUUUUAUGCUUGAAACUCAAAUACCCAGCUCACAUCACCCUCUUGAGAGGAAACCAUGAAACCAGACAAAUUACAACUGUCUAUGGAUUCUAUGAUGAGACCAUUAGAAAAUACGGUAAUGCCAAUCCUUGGAAAUAUUGCACCGAAGUAUUCGAUUACCUUGGUAUUGGUGCCAUUGUUGAAGGCAAAAUUUUCUGUAUCCAUGGUGGACUUUCUCCAGAUAUCAAGACAAUUGAUCAAAUCAGAUUAAUCGAAAGAAGAAUGGAAAUCCCACACGAAGGACCAUUCUGCGAUCUUAUGUGGUCAGACCCAGAAGAGAUCGAGACCUGGGCUAUGUCUCCAAGAGGUGCUGGUUGGUUAUUCGGAUCAAAAGUUACCUCAGAAUUCAACCAUAUUAAUGAUAUUGAGCUUAUCGCCAGAGCUCAUCAGCUUGUUAUGGAUGGCUUCAAGUAUUGGUUCAAGGAUUAGACUUUAGUCACCGUCUGGUCCGCACCCAACUAUUGCUACAGAUGCGGUAACGUAGCAUCAAUCCUUAACAUUAACGAAAAACUUGAGAGAUCAUUCGACAUUUUCCAUGCUGUAACUGAAAGCUCAAGAGUUGUGCCAUACAGAAACGUUGUUCCCUAUUUCCUCUGA